CUGCGCCUAUUAGUCGUGUACCGUUGUCGAAUGAAAAAUUUUGAUGUUGUUGAUGGUCCCUACUCUUGUGUUCUUGUCUUUGAUUUUUUAUUGGAGCUGAGAUUCGAGAAAUGGUGAAGCAAUUUUGUGAAAUGAAGAAGUUUUGGUUUUGAAUUUUUAUGGUUUUUAUUAAUUUUUUGAGGAAGGUAGAGAGGAAAAGGGGGUUAUAAGAUUCGUUUUUCUUUAAAUUUUCUGCUAGUAUGACAUGGGUUUAUACCAUUUUUAAUUCUCUUUCCGAAAACAUUUACUUUAAAAAUAUAAAAGUUAAUUGUUUUCGAACAACGAUUAUUCAUUUUUGAGGCCAAGAAAAGUCUUGACUCAAACUAUUUAAAAUUAAAAGUAUCAAUUUUCGUUCUUCCAUAAAUUCUAUAAAAAUUCUUAUUAACAAUUACAUCGAUACUGAGUAGAAAAGUAUAAAGAAGUCUGUAACUUCAUCGAAAUGUCAUAUCUCAAAAAUAAACAGAAAAUCGGGGUACAAUACUUCAAGAAAUAUUCUCGAACCCUUAUGGAUUGUUUUUAUGACCCCUUAUCGAAGCCCUCGUUUUGGUCUUAUGUGUAAAAAAUUUGUAUAGGAGGUGGGGUAAAAUGAAUUUAUAAAAACAAAGAACAGUUUAUCGAGUAUUUUAAUCGAGUUUGACAACAUAAUUAGACGUUUUAGAUUUCAUGGGCAGAGACACACUUCUUCAAAGCCGACAGUGCUUAGUAUAAAAAGCUGCGGCUUUAGCCAUCCGGGUGUUAGUAUUCUACUCCACAUAUUCGACGUUAGCCAUAUUCCUAUUGUUCGCUAUUAUUGUAUAUAUUCUUUUAGAUAAAGCACAGUUGUUUGUUACUGUUUUAGCUUAUUAUUCUUGUUAGUACGUAGACAGAAGUCACGUACAUAACAACCCUAAUCCCUUUAAAUACGCCCAUGCUUUAACCACCGAGAGUAAAUAAAUUUUAAUGUAUUUGAAAUACGAAUUUCAUAAAUAUGUUGGAUGGCCAUAUUUAUUCUCACAAGUUCUAUAGCUGCCGACCGCAGUUUUGGCAAGGCGGUUUUUUACACUAUUUUAUUUUGUAUUUUUUUAGGUUGGAAUAUUUGAAUAUCUCAGGAAAAUAUUCUUUCGAAAAAGUGCUGAACCCCUUAAUCGCUUUUAUGUGUUUGUUAAUAGGAUGUGUGCACUCGCUGAUAUUCACUUACUUGCAGAUUCACUCGCUGCAGAAUCCUACCAAUUAA